AUGCGCCUGAUUGAAUUCCAUUCCACAGAGUGCGAGGAUUGGCAACCUAGUAACACAGAAUCCCAUCAACCUUCCACAGAGGUACGUGUAACAACAACCACCACCGCAACAACAACUGCACACCACAAAUCAAUUCCCGCUGGUACCUCACAGACAAUACGCAACACAAAUCUGGCUAAACAAACACCUGAGGAUGAUGAAGAGCAACAUAGCACAGACCACACACAACAGACCGACAGCUAUCCCAACAAUAAAACGUCAAGCGAACGAGUCGCAUCGAUCAGGAAUUUGAGUGACGAAAUCGUCGGUCCAACAACGGAGGUCGACAACAGUAUCCAAACGACCACAUCCCAAACGGUGCGUUGGAGCACCGGCCGCUCAGACGUGAUCCCAAGUUCAGAGGAUGGAAGACCAUCCUCCAGUUUGGUAGUAAGUGCGCCCGCAACUCCGAACAAACUCGGUUAUUCCAUCACCACCACCGCUACCACCGCGAUGGGAUCAAGCGCCCAAACAAGCCUCCGCCAGACUGCCUCAGAAACUGUCUUGAGAAAUUCAGUUCACGCCGGACAAUCUGAUACUCCGAAGACAGACAUAAGCUCCAAUACAACAGUGUCAUUUUCGACAAGAAAUACGGAGGCUUUGGGGAAAGGCGAAAGUGCAUUGCACUCUCAAAACGCAACACGAACUGGGACAGGACACAAGACACAGACGACGGUCGGAGUGAAUGCGUUGUCGGACGCCAAGUCGGAUGUGAGACAGCAAGAAACCAGACCAUCGGACACCAUCUCAUCAGUUGAAACAAGUACUCAGCAGACGAGCGUGACUCAGCAGACACUUCAUUCCGCAUUGACAACAACCGGUGAGUAA